GGGAAGUGCUCGGAGCACGUGGCUUCCACCUGGGAGGCGCAAGGAGCCAGCAUGGCCGUCGCCCGCAAGAGAAAGCUUGCUGAGCUGAGCGUUGAUGAGUUCCUGACCUCAACCUUUGAUUCAGAUGUGGAUGGCGACGCAGAAGAAGGUGCCCUGAAUUGUGGGGAAGGCAGGGCCAGCGGGAAGCCACACCAGAAUGGGCAGGAUGGCGGCAGAAACAAAGCAGGACUGAAAUCAAAACCUGCAGAAAAGAAGGUAAAGAAGAAGGGAAGUGCAUCCCAGCAUAAAGAUCAGCUCUCCCGGCUGAAGGACAGAGAUCCUGAAUUUUACCAGUUCUUAGAAGAAAAUGACCGGACACUGCUUAAUUUUGAUGACUCGGACAGCUCUGACGAAGAGGACGGCCUUCAUGUUUUGCCUGAAACACUGGAGGAGGCAAGCGAUGAUGACGACGAUGACGACAAAGAAGAAGAAAAAGAAGGAACGGCUAAACGGAAAAAAGUGGAUUUCAUGACUGUAACUCUGAAGAUGGUGGAACGGUGGAAAGAGGCCGCUGAGAAACGGCUGACGGGCAAGCUUUUCCAUGAGAUCACCCAGGCGUUCAAAGCCUGUGUGGUAACAGCCAAGGGGGAAGCGAUAGGGCCGGAUCCGGGAAAGUACAAAGUCGCCGACAGCACAGUGUUUAACACCCUUGUGUCCUUCUGCAUCCGCGACCUCUUUGGCAUACUGCAGAAAUUGCUCCAGCAGAAGGUUGCGAAAAGCAAAUCCAAGGUAUUUGUGCCAUCCUCCAGUCCACUGUGGGGCAAGCUGCGUUUGGAUAUCAAAACAUACCUUGGCUGCGUCAUCCAGCUCCUGACAUGCUUAACGGAAGCCUCCGUGGGAGCAGCCGUCCUCCAGCACAUACACUCCAUCGUGCCGUACUACCUGACCUUCCCAAAGCAGUGCCGGAUGCUCGUUAAGCAAGCCACCCGUCUCUGGAGCACGGGUGAGGAGACGGUGAGGGUGCUGGCCUUCCUGGUGCUCAACAAAAUCUGCAGGCACAAAAAAGAUGUCUACUUGAACCCGGUCCUGAAGCAAAUGUAUAUCUCCUAUGUGAAGAACUCAAGAUUCACGUCUCCCAACGCCCUUCCCAUGAUUAACUUUAUGCAGCGGACCCUGACGGAGCUGUACGCCCUGGACCCGUGCGUGUCCUACCAGCACGCCUUCAUCUACAUCCGCCAGCUGGCCAUUCACCUGCGCAGCGCCAUGACCGUGAAGAAGAAGGAAAACUACCAGUCUGUGUACAACUGGCAGUACAUCCAUUGCCUCUACUUCUGGUGCCGGGUCCUGAGCACCAUCCAUCCUAGUGACGUCAUGGAACCGUUGAUUUACCCUUUGACCCAGGUCAUCAUCGGCUGCAUUAAGUUGGUGCCCACAACCCGUUUCUACCCUCUGCGCCUGCACUGCGUCCAGGCGCUCACCCUGCUGUCUGACAGCACCGGGACCUUCAUUCCUGUCUUGCCCUUCAUUUUGGAGAUUUUCCAGCAGGUAAAUUUCAACAAGAAACCUGGACGGAUGAGUGCCAAGCCCCUGAACUUCGCGGUCAUCUUGAAGCUUUCCAGUGCCAACCUGCAGGAAAAAGCUUUCCGGGAUGGUCUUAUCGAUCAGCUCUAUGACCUGAUUUUGGAGUACCUCCAUGGCCAUGCCUACAUGAUUGGUUUUCCAGAAUUGGCUCUUCCCGCUGUCCUUCAGCUUAAGUCUUUCCUAAAGGAGUGCAAGGUUGCCAACUAUUGCAAAACAAUCCGCCAGCUCUUGGAGAAGCUGCAGGAAAACUCGGCCUACAUCACUGCCAAGCGCCAGAAGGCCACCUUCGGUGUCGCCAGUCGGGAUGCUGUGGAGCAGUGGGAGAAGAAUGUCAGAGAAGAAGGCACGCCACUGAUGAAGUAUUAUGUGCACUGGAAGAAACUGAAAGAGAAAGAGAUCCAGCUGGAAAUCAGCGGCAAGGAGCGGCUAGAAGAGCUGAAUCUCCCUGAAAUCAAACGGAAGAAGCCCGGUGAACAGAAAGAAGAUGACAAGAGGGAGUUUAAGGACCUUUUUGAGCUGGACAGUGGCUCUGAUGAGGAGACCAGUGCCGACUUGUUCGUCAAAGAGAAGUCCAAGUCCAAGAAGGACAAUGAAGAGAGAGAUUCAGUGGACAGCAGUGAGGAUGAUGAUGAUGAUGAUGAGGGAGAAGAUGGAGAGUACGAAGUGGAAGAUGAUGAGGAAGAGGAGGAGGAGGAAGAGGAUGACGAGGAGAACUCUGAUGAUGAAGGAGGGCGAGGCACGCGGGCCAAGCCCAAGGGGGCCCGGCAGCUGUCUCGGGCCGAGCUGCAGAGGCUGGCAGAAGGGCCGGAAGACGCGGUGGAAGAGCUGGAGCUCUCCGACAGCGACUGACAGCAGAAUGGCUCCCGUCAGAGGGAGCUGAACACCCACCUUGGCCCAUUCAGAAAGCUACCCGGCAUCAUGCCUGCACAGCCUUUUUCUUACCGUACCAGACUUGGCUUCAGGGGAAAGAGGUAACUCUUUUAAAGUACACAGUUGGCCUGAAGAGCAAACAUUUUAUAAAUUAAGUGAUUUGUUUUUUAUUAUUAUUAUUAUUAUUUUAAAUUGAUUUGCUGGAAAGCAUUGGCCUCGAGGUGAUGGCUAAUGACCAUUUACAAUAUAUAGUAAAGGAGCUAAGGUACCGCCAA